UCAACGAGAGGACGUGCAGGCAGCGCCGUCGACCGUCCGCCUCUCCUCGUCCUCGUCCUCGUCCUCGCGCUCUCGAUCGCCAAGCACCGGUAGGGCGGGCUGCCUCCCGAGUCGGAGUAUCCCGCGGCGGCGCCACGGUGCUGCUCUCCCUUCCUUGACGCGGCCAACCUGGUCGACGCUUGGCCGCUCUGGGCAAGGAGCUGCGCAGAAGGCUGGCGAGGAAUUUGAUGGCCCCUAGGCGCGGUAGUUGACUCCAUGAAGAACAUCGCGGAGAGGACGAACGGCGUUAGACGGAUGACCCGACGGAUGACUCGUACCCACAUGAGUAUGAGUUUGAGGAAAAAUUCACACCCAUUAGUGAAUAUAGGUGGUCUAACGAGAUUAUUUUUUUUUGUCGUAAUCCAACGAGAUUUUUUUUUGUCGUAUGUAUAGAUAUGGGAUAAUAAUAUCACGUGGAUAUUUACCAUUUUACAUUACGGUCUCUAGUCAGUCCCUCUCGCGCGCCCCACCUACUGUGCCGUCCGUCCCGCCAUUGGCACGCACGAGCCCACGAUAUAACCCGCCACCCCUCGCUCUCCCAUACCAGUACCACCAACAAACUUCUUUCUCGCCUUGCAUCGGCCGCCGGCCCUCCAUCCACCGCACCAGCUAGCAACGACGACACGCUAGCCAGGUAGCGUAGCCGACCGGCCUCUGCGCGCGGGCAUUCAGUUCGCCAUGGCGCGCCUGCUCCGCGCCGCGGCCGGCCUCGCGCUCCUCCUGGCCGUCCUUGCCCCGGCGGCGUCGGCGGGCGGCGACCUGGCCCAGCUGGGCGCCGCCGUCGAGACGCGGCGCGGCGGCGGGCGGACGACGUGCCGCGGCGGCACGGUGGGCGAGUGCAUGGAGUACCUGGACGUAGACGCGGAGGGCGAGGCGGACGUGGCGGGCAUGGCCACCGGCGGCGGCGGCGGCAAGCGCCGGGUGCUGCAGGGCGGCUCCGGCUACAUCGGCUACGACGCGCUGCGCAGGGACAACGUGCCGUGCUCGCAGCGCGGCGCGUCCUACUACAACUGCCAGCCCGGCGCCGAGGCCAACCCCUACUCGCGCGGCUGCAGCGCCAUCACCCAGUGCAGGGGCUGAUGCCUGCCUGAUGAUUUCCGUUCCGUUUCGUCCCCAGCUAUUAGUCGGGUCUUCAAUUUAAAGAAGAAGACAUGCAUGGAGCGAUGUCGUCGUCUUUGCUGUGCGCGCUAUAGCCUUUCUCGUCCGCCUGAGGCACGCAUGACUCGUCCGUCGAUUAUUGUGCUGCAGUGGACAUGUGUAUGUGCUCCUGUUUCUAGCAUAUCCCCUUGCUUUCAGGAAGAAAGUGAAAGUAAUUAUAUAUAUGAUGAUCGUGUAAUAAUUUUCGUCUACGAGGGAGAAUGACCUUGUCAUGCAGAAAAGAUCAAUUCAAGUGGCUCAGCGUUCGGAUUAGUGGUUUAGAUAUAUACUCUUUAAGACUAGUCAUUAUUAGUUCAUGCCACCAACUGUGGUUGGGCUGUCAUUUUUCAUCAUAUGUGGAGAGUGAGUCAAUGUACCUAGCUAGGAGCGUUGUUGUUGGCAUAAAUAAAAGCAGAUUCGUUUGCUUUUCA